CCAUGGUGCUUUGCGCUGAGCGUCAUCCCACCGUGCGUAUCCGUUCGUGUGUCGCUUCUCUCUGUAUUGGGAAAAAAAGCACCGUGCGGUUCGCAGCUAUGUCAGUCCAGGCUGUGGCAGCGAAAAUGGCCGAGGUCGAAUUAAAAGACGUGGCCGGUAAAGACUCUCUCCCCGCCAUAUCUCCGCUGACACCCAAGGCAGAGGAGAAGAAGAGUGAAAAUAACUCUACUUCGUCAGCAGCAGCAGCAGCGGCCGCGGCGGGGGAGCCGAGCCCGGUGACCGCCGCUCCGAACCCCGUGAAGAUGCCGCAGGCGUCCGCGAUGAAGCGGCCGGACCCGCAGCAGAACGGCGGCGAGGCGUUUGUCAACUGCGACGGCACCGUGGCCGAGGCACCGCGAAUGAAAAAGAUCCAGUUCGCAGACCAGAAGCAGGAGUUCAACAAACGUCCCACCAAGAUUGGCCGCAGGUCUUUGUCUCGCUCCAUCUCACAGUCUUCUACAGACAGUUACAGCUCAGCCGCCUCCUACACUGACAGCUCUGACGACGAGACAUCUCCCCGCGACAAGCAGCAGAAGAACUCCAAGGGCAAUGGAGACUUCUGCAUCAAGAACAUCAAACAGGCCGACUUCGGACGCAGGGAGAUCGAGAUCGCCGAGCAAGAGAUGCCUGCUCUCAUGGCUUUGAGGAAGAGAGCUCAGGGAGAGAAGCCAUUGGCUGGAGCCAAAAUUGUGGGUUGCACCCACAUCACUGCGCAGACUGCUGUGCUGAUGGAGACUCUCUCUGCUCUGGGCGCUCAGUGCCGGUGGGCCGCCUGUAACAUCUACUCGACUCAAAACGAGGUAGCAGCCGCUCUGGCUGAGGGAGGUUUCUCAGUGUUUGCCUGGAAGGGUGAAUCAGAGGAUGAUUUCUGGUGGUGUAUCGAUCGCUGUGUUAACGUGGAGGGUUGGCAGCCCAACAUGAUUUUAGAUGAUGGAGGGGAUUUGACCCACUGGAUCUAUAAGAAAUAUCCCAACAUGUUCAAAAAGAUCAAAGGCAUCGUAGAGGAGAGCGUGACUGGAGUUCACAGGCUAUACCAGCUGUCAAAAGCUGGCAAGUUGUGUGUUCCUGCGAUGAAUGUUAACGAUUCCGUGACCAAGCAGAAAUUUGACAACCUGUACUGCUGCCGGGAGUCUAUCUUGGAUGGUCUAAAGAGAACCACAGAUGUGAUGUUUGGAGGGAAGCAGGUGGUGGUUUGUGGAUAUGGAGAGGUGGGGAAAGGCUGCUGUGCCGCUCUCAAAGCAAUGGGCUCCAUCGUCUACGUCACUGAGAUUGACCCCAUCUGUGCCCUACAGGCCUGCAUGGACGGCUUCAGGCUGGUAAAACUCACUGAAGUCAUCCGACAAGUCGACAUUGUCAUCACCUGCACAGGCAAUAAAAAUGUGGUAGUAAGAGAGUACAUGGACCGCAUGAAGAACGGCUGUAUCGUCUGCAACAUGGGCCACUCCAAUACUGAGAUUGAUGUGGCAAGUCUGCGGACCCCUGAAUUGACCUGGGAGCGGGUGAGAUCGCAGGUGGACCAUGUCAUCUGGCCAGAUGGAAAGAGGAUAGUGCUGCUGGCGGAGGGUCGCCUUCUAAACCUGAGCUGCUCCACUGUUCCUACCUUUGUGCUGUCCAUCACUGCUACUACCCAGGCUCUGGCUCUGAUAGAGCUGUACAAUGCUCCUGAAGGCCGCUACAAACAGGACGUCUACCUGCUGCCUAAGAAAAUGGAUGAGUAUGUGGCCAGUCUUCAUCUCCCUACGUUUGAUGCGCACUUGACUGAACUAUCUGAUGAACAGGCUAAAUACCUUGGCCUGAACAAGAAUGGACCCUUCAAGCCAAACUACUACAGGUACUAGAUGCAUUACAGAUGGGAAACGAAGACUAAAGAAAUUACCAAGACUCCAUAAUUCAUACAGACGAAGGCGAGACAGAGCUGUGUGUCACAGCCUGCCUUUGAAGGGGAGGGAGAAGCCCUGAUCUGAUUGGUUGGGGGGGGGGGGGGUGAAGGGCGUGGCUAAUUAGCGUUACGGCAGUAUUUAUUUAUUUUAUGCUAGAAUAACAUGGCUAACCUUUUAUGAGCUGCUACUGCCAGUGGUGCAACCUAGCGACGUUUCAGUGGAGAUUUCACCGUUUCAUCUUUUCUUAGCUUCAUGUGUUAGUUGUACGUAAUCCAUUUAGAGAUCUUUUAUUGUUUUAAGUUACGGUAAAGACAAAAAAAAGAAGAAAAAAAAGAAAAUGUUCAAUCAUACCUGAUGAUUUAGUCAUGGACAUGCCACUUGCAUGCGUCCUGUUCUCUUGUUUUCUACAUGAUGAUUUUUUUCUUUAUAUAAAAUGGCGGGUGGGACAGAAUUACGGUUGGGCGCAGGGGUUGAAAUCGUUUCUUUUAGUUGAUCACACUAUUCUUUUGUUGUUGUUUAUUUUUUAAAACUUUUCCAGCAGAUUUUAACAUUUCGCGCUCUCUUGGUUCUAAAUAAAAGCUGUUGAAAUUUAACUGGAUUGUGGACGAUUCGGGGGUGGGGCUUAUCCCCACCGUUCAUAUAUAGACUGGAAGCUCCAUUGGCUGAGGCAUUAGCAUGUCAAAUUUCCCUCCCAAAAGCAACACGCUCUUUCCACAGUUUUCAACAUCAGUAUUGAUGUUUGAGAUGGAAACGCUCAAACUGUGCGCAUUUUCACAAAUCUAUCCACGUUAUUGCUGAAACUCGUCAGGCUGUGUAAUCACAGGGGUGUAUAUUAAGAUAUUUAUACUUUUUUUUUUUUUUUUUUUUGAUCUUUUCUUUCUGCCAUCAUUUUUUGUUCCUAUGAACUCAUCCUCUAUCAUUAUAAAAAUAAGCAAUUAAAUGUUAUAAGAUACUCUAGUGUAAUAUGAAAUUUAAUGAAACCCUUGUUUUAUAUACUGUGAAGUAGAGCCUAUAUCAAUGAGAUACCAAAUGUACAGUUAAUCCGGUACUGAGUUUUUUUUUUUCCAGGUCCUCAAUGGGAGAGAGGUGUGUGUGUGUGUGUGUGUGUGUGUGUGUGUGUGUGUGUGUGUGUGUGUGUGUGUGUGUGUGUGUGUGUGUGUGUGUGCGUGCGUGCGCGCGCGUGCGUGCGCGUGCGUGCGCGUGUGUGUGUGUUUUAACUGAAGCCAAGACCAACUGUGUACCCAUUUCAGAGGACUGAAGGAAAGCUUUGCUGUUUGCAGGCCUGUAGAGCAAAAGCUGCCUUUGUGACUGGGAUAUUCAAAUCUAAUAAAAUUGGGACCUUUAUUUUACUAUACUUCUGAAAAUCUUUAUGGCAGAAAUUUAUCUUCUUUUUGCCAUCUGUGUUUGUCAUAAAGGGAAUCGAAAUGACUUUUUACCUGUUUCCUGUUUAAUGUGGCGUCACUUUUCUUUGCUCAGGACUGUCACAUGUUUUGUCCUACUUAUGGUCCUUGUUAUAUGAUAAACCAUUACAUUACUGUUCCUGAGGCGUUUCACACGUUAGGCUGCUUUAUAUCAUCCUGCAAAAUAUGAUUUUCUUAAUCAGUAUUUUUUUAUGUUUUCCAGUAUUAAUAUUGAAACGUUCUCAAGGUACAUUUACUUGAGAAGCAAAAUGACUUAAGAUAUUAAGCUUUUUUUUCUGAAAAAAAAUAAUAAAAAUGGAGUGAGUUUAUGCUUAAAACAAGAGAAACAAAUCUGCCAGUGGGGGCAGAAAAAUACACUUAAUUCAAAGGAAAAACAAGACAUUUUUUUUUAUUGAUUUAGGCAUAAACUUGCCCUCGAAAUGCAUUAAAAAACUGUAUAUGCCUGAUGCAUUCCUCGGCCCAUUUGGACCUGGUUAUAAAACAGUCAUAACUUCACAUUUUUUAACUAAACCCAUAUUGUAUCUGGUCAGUAACAUGAGUGAAUGUGCAAGCUUUUUAAAGUUCUGAAUGUUACCAUGUUUUUUAUUAUGCUAUUACUGCAUUUACCCCCUUUUUAUUAAUUAAAAAUUGAGAAAUUCUUUGAGAUUUAAAAUGUUACAAGAACUACAGCAAAGCCCAGUGUGAUGCAAGAAAAUAUAUAUUUUUUUUUAUCAAUAUUCAUGAGAAAUUUUUUUCGAAUAUAUCAUUAGAUGUAAUUUAUAUGAGCAUAUAAUAUGAGAAUUACUAAUAUGAACUCCACUGAUGUCAAUGGAUUUAAUUAAAUUCCUUUGAACUUCUAACUCAUGACUGCUCAAAACAGUCUAAUUUAUGAAACUACUUUUUCUAACAAAACAACAUCAGUAUUACUCUGAAAUGUUUUCAAACAAAAUAUAUUGUUUUUACUUGCAUAAACUUACUUUCAGAUGAAAAAAAUGAUGAUAAAAAGCUUGAAUCUCCUUUUAGUGCUGCAAUGGUUCAUCAAUAGGUGGCAGCAAAGUGAAAUGUGGACUUCCCUGUUUCUUUUUAAAUUUAGACUGUUUGGUCUAUGAACUUUUGAUCUAAAACAUAUAUUAAUUUUUUUAUUUUAUUUUAGUUUCAGAAUUAUUGUGUGUGUGUUCAUCCAGUGGGACGGAAAAAAUGUGUGUGAGUGUAGGAUAGAGGAUAAAUGUAUUUUAUAGAAGUAAUUUGAGAUAAUCUAAUCAAUAGAUUAAAAAAAAAAAAAAAGUGUAAAGCCAUAUUUCACUUUUGGGUCAAAACAGACCCGAACGCAGAAGGUAUAAAAAUAAAAAAAAAUUGUUUAAAUGCUUAUAUCUCUUACAUUUUUUUUAUUUUUUUUAUUUAAAAAAAAUAUGAAAAAUAAAAUAAAUGUGUAUUUUGAAAGUCUUAACAUGUUUAAUAUUCGUACUAAACUAGGGAUUUUUUACAAAAAAAAAAUGUAUGUACCUCUUCUGGGUCAAAACAGUCCUGAAUGCUUUGGGAGGGUUAAUAUUGAUCAAUUUUUCAGGAAAAAAAAAAGCUUUCAUUUUGGUUCUCAAGAAAAUGUAUUUUGAUUUAAGAAUGUUUAGAUAUUUGUACUGGAAAACAAGACAAAAAUAAUGAGUAAGAAAAAAUUUUUGCAGUGCAACUUUACAAAACCCUAAAGGCAUAUAACAGUGUUAUGUUUUCUCCCAAACAUAUGUUUUCUCUACAAACACAAGACGGGUUAAAUGAUUGUUCUGACGUUGUUAGUAUGUGCUGCUCUUCUGUAGUUUGUGUUCAAAGAGUCUACAUUAGUAUUAAAAAUGUAAAUGUAUUGAUACCCCAUAUCUCUUCAAUAAUCCUUCUGUCACAUUGUCUUUAUCUGCUUAACACACAAUCUCUGUACUAAAGCACAUCAGCUAGUGUACGUCUUGUUCAAAUGUGUUCAACCCAUUGUCUUACUUUUUUUGGCACGUGGUUACAUGUGUGUGCGUGUGCAUUACAAUGUGUUUAAAGAGGCUUGUGUGCACAGACUGAUGUCUUUGCUGCUGUGUGGCAGUAGUAGACGGUGGUUCCAGGCCUGGGCUUUGCCGAGGAUUUUUCGGGAUGGUUUUCUAACCGAGUGGAGCGCAUGGGAUCAACACCAGCACCUCUUAUGGAGAAUGAGCGUUGACAUAAAGAAGCUCAAACAUCUGUAUAUUUAUUGUUGUAAAUCUUCACUACAAAUAAGAAAGUCUUUAAAUGAUGAGUUGUCAACAAUGUUAAAUUAUUGCAAGUGAUGGUAGAUGAGCAAUAAUCUGUAAUCUUGAGGAACAAAAAUAAAAAUCACAAAUGUUAA